AUGGUAUCCCACUGUGCUGGUAAAACUCCCGACGGUACCGGUGAUUGCUGUGAAGGCCCGUUGCCAAAGCCGUCGGCAUCGAUCGAAUGUGGCCCAUGUUGUAAUUCGACAAGCUCAGUCAAGCCAGAAUUGAAAGUCGACGAAGACUUCAUGGAUCAGUGCAAUGAGGACGAUCAGUGCAAUGAAAAUUGCAUCAAGACUGCUGCAGCUAUCGAGUGCUCCUUGGCUUGGGCCGAUCAGCAGGAGGAUUGCUGCAGUGACACAGACAGCCACGAGCUAGACGAGAAGACCACUCACCAUGAUAGCUGCGAUGACGCUCACGACCGCAUCCAUAACCACGCCCAAGUGCCAAAGGCGAGCAAGCAUGUCCACAGUGGCGCAGCGCAUGAACACGCCAACGGCGAGGACGGGAAACAUUUUGGUGAACCCUGCAACGUUCACCUCAAAGCUGCCAUGGAAAAAUAUGCUACAUACCUGGAGUCAGCGAGGUGCAUCUGUCGAAGUAUUCUUUCUCCGGCUGCGCGAAUCGAGACCUGCCGCCCACAGUCUUCGGCCGGCGGCGUUGUUGCGUUCAGCACUUCCCGUAACCACCAUCUCGACGUGAAAGAGCACGGAUCCGUCUUGUCUCGCCGUCGUGGCAAGAAGGUGCCAGAGAAAUUGGCAUCAGCCGGAGCUGAGAUCAAAUGUUGUGAUAGCCAUGAGACUCUCCUUGGGACUCGAUUUGCACGCGAGACCGUCACAAAACAGACUUCAAUUGACAUCGAGAAGGCAGGAGGGCUGUCGCAUAUCCUUCUCAAUGUCACAGGGAUGGACUGCUCUGGUUGUGCCAACAAUUUGACUAGAGCGAUUCGAGGUGUAGCAGGCACCAGGAAUGUCAAGGUCAUUUUCAUCGGUGGAACUGCCCAAUUCGACCUCGACACCGAAAUCAGUACCCUAGAUGAAGUGAUUCGCAACGCUCAGCGAGCCACAGGGUACAAGCUGAGACCAUUCUCCUCCGAUACCCAGAGUAUCGACGUCACAAUGCCGGCAGCAGAAGCAAUCAAAUUCCAGAACUCCCUACCGCGUGGUGUCGAGCGCUGCGAAAAGCUUUCCAAGACAACAUAUGAAAUCAGCUAUGAUCCUUGCGUCAUUGGUGCCAGAGACAUGCUCAAUGGUAUCGAUGCUCAACUUGGACCUCUCCGCAGCGACUCGUACCUCGAUCAAGGAAAGCGCAGGCUCGUUCGAGUCCUUGCCUUGACCACUGCCGCCUUCAUACUGACAGUACCAGUUGUUGUACUCGAGUGGGGGCGUCCUUCUGGCGUUUCCGAGCAUACCACUUUGACCGUUGCCGUGGUCCUCGCCACCAUGGUUCAAGCAAUCGCCGUUCCAGAAUUCUACAUCCCUGCCAUAUCGUCCUUGAUCUACAACAAGGUCGUCGAAAUGGACAUGCUUGUGGUUAUCAGCAUUACAGCUGCGUACGUGUAUUCCAUCGUCGCCACUGGACUCUACUUCGCUGGCAUCGAGUUGACGACCAAACCCUUCUUCGAGACUAGUACGCUGCUAAUCACGUUGAUUCUGCUUGGUCGACUUCUUGCGGCUUGGGCUCGUAAACAAGCAGUGAAGGCGGUGUCGUUGAGGUCUCUGCAGGCAUCGACAGCCAUGCUCAUUGACCAGGACACAGACCGAAUCGUUAAGAUUGAUGCCCGUUUACUUCAAUAUGGGGACAAGAUCGCGAUAUUGUCGCAUUCACAGAUCGUUACCGAUGCUGAAGUGAUGCAAGGCACAAGUGAGGUAGAUGAGUCGAUGCUCACAGGCGAGAGUGUUCCUGUUUUCAAAACUGCUGGAAGUCCCGUCGUCUCAGGCACUGUCAAUGGUGGCGGAAGAUUGACAGCACGUGUGUCUCGCUUGCCAGGGAAGAACACCAUUACCGAUAUCGCCAACCUGGUCGAGCAGGCGCAGAGCUUCAAGCCGCGCGUCCAAGACUUGGCCGACAAGAUAGCUGGAUACUUCAUUCCAGUGGUGUGUAUAGCAGCACUCAUUGUCUUUGUGAUCUGGGUCGUGGUUGUUCUGAAGGUUCGAAAAGAGCCUGCGGGAGAUGCUAUCGGAACUGCCAUAGGCUAUUGUAUAGCCGUGCUGGCCAUUAGCUGCCCCUGCGCGCUAGGUUUGGCGGUCCCCAUGGUCCUGGUGAUAGCGGGAGGGGUGGCUGCCCGUGGAGGCGUGAUUAUCAAAACUGCAGAUGUCAUUGAGCGCGGUUUCAAAGUUACCGAUGUGGUGUUCGAUAAAACAGGAACGCUUACUGAGCCGAACCUCGAAGUUGUGCAGGAGUUGGUCUUGUUCACGGACAACGCAGAGCAAGACACCAUGCUGUCUAUGGUCAUGACACUCGUGAAGAGCAACAAGCAUCCCGUGUCCGAAGCUGUGGUCAAGGCACUGGACGCGAGGGGUGUACGUAGCAUCAAGGUCGAUGCACUCACUUCCAUUCCAGGCUGUGGAGUCGAAGCGCAAUGGCACGGAAUGACAAUCCGUGCUGGGAACGCGAAGUGGCUCCAAAUCAGCGAUACACCUCAGGUGGUUGAUCUCGCUGCACAAGGGUUGACAAUGCUCUGCGUGACGAUCGGCGGCCAACUGGGUGCAAUCUUCGGCCUCAAGUCCCGGCUGCGUGAGGGAGCGACUGGUGUUGUUCGAGAGCUUCAUCGGCGGCGAAUCGCCGUUCACAUUGUGAGUGGCGAUGCUCGUCGGGUAGUUGAGGGCGUAGCCGCCGACCUUCAAAUUCCCUUGGAGAACGUCGCUGCUGAAAGAACUCCAGCACAGAAGCAGGAGUAUAUCCGCGAACUCAUGGAUUCUGGAAAGAUCACAUUGUUCUGCGGAGACGGUACUAACGACGCUGUGGCCGUGGCUCAAGCCAACGUUGGCGUUCAAAUCGAGUCUUCUUCGGAUAUCACGCGGGCCACGGCGGACGUGGUCCUCCUCCGCAAUCUCGACGGGGUGGUCAGCCUGCUCGAUGUCUCGAAGGCCGCUUAUCGACGCAUCACCUUCAACUUUGUCUGGUCAGCCGUGUACAAUGUGGUUGCCAUUCUGCUUGCAUCGGGAGCUUUUGUCAAAGUUCGCAUUCCCCCUGCUUAUGCUGGUCUCGGCGAGAUGGUCAGCGUACUGCCGGUUAUCGUCGCGGCGUUGACCCAGCCGAAAGUGAAGGGGAGAAACUGA